AUGUACAGAAGAGAACUCCUCGCCAAGUUUCGAACGGAGUUGGGGGAGGCGGCGGGGCCCGAAGAGGGCUUUGCGUUGCUGGGGCGUGUGCUGUCGGACUUCGACAGAAAAUGUGAAUGGAGCACCAGACAAAUUGUAGCAGCGAGGAGAAAGGAGAGACAGACAAAAGGCAAGACAGAAGAAGAAGCAGCAACAGCUAAGGCAGUUGUUGCAGAGAUUAGACAGGCGCUUGAACAUGAAGCAGUGAAAGAGAUUCGCGGGAUGCACCGACUACAGCUGGAAGCCCUCCGUAUGCUGUCUGCACGGCGUUUUGAGUUGCUGCUGCAGCAGCUGCUCUCCGGUAGGGCAGGCCCGCAGGAACAGCAGCGGCAGGAGCAGCAACAGCUUAACCUCUAUGAUAUCGCCAACCGUGUCUCUGACGCAGUGCUGCAGACUGCAAAUAAUUUGCAGCAGUUCAUUCGCGACCAUCAUCGAGCGAUGGGGCCCGAGGCGAUAAGAAAGCUUCUUAUAGAUGAACAAGAGAGAACACCGCAGCAGCAGCAGCAGCAAGGGCAGCAGCAGCAGGAAACUGUAGCUGCACGGGAUAUGUUGGAGGCCGUGGAGCGGCUUGCUGCUGACGAGCGUCGCCUGUUGCUGAAGUCUCUGCGGGAGAUUGCUUCCGCUGCACUACAGCACCAAGAGCUUCUGGAGCUCCAGCAGCAGCGCCAGUCAGGUUUGGGCCCCCUGCAACGUCUUCAAAGGAAGGCCGUCAAUAGGUUCUUAGCAACUGUUCCUGGACGGGCAGCGUUGGGUGGCCUGCGGCAACUGAGCAGCGCAGCUGCGGCGGCAGCAGCACCAGCAGCAGCUGCUGCAGCCCAUGCAGCACAGUUGCCGCUGAUACGCAUGCUGCUGCAGUCCCCCUUGAUGAAUUUGCUGCGUCAGAGGAAGCCAAUUGAUAUUUCCUUUCAUUAUCUAAGCCCAACGGCCUUCGGCCUCUCCCCUGUUCGGAAUACAGUGACGCUGAAUGAACCCUGGAAAGGCAAACUGCACGUGCAGCAGCUUGACAGCUGGACGGACACCGAACUCUUGCCGCAUGAGAGGCUGAAACCCUCCGCCGCUUCUGCAGCGGACCUUCGGCGACUGAAGGAGGCCCUUGCGAUGAAUCCCCCCAAAAGCAGAUGA